UUUCAAUCAAUCAAUCGUCGAUAAACAUGAAGCGAUUUUUAGAAAUUUUUYCAUUGAUUUUGCGACAGAUACUUUUAAUUUAUAAAAAAUGUAACUAAUACCAGCGAAAGAAUCAUGGUCCGAUUCUUACACGGAACAAACCAGACCGAAACAUCAUCAAGGUCUAGUUCCAAAGCUGAGGUCGUACAAAGAGAUCGCAAGAACGGUUGGUCUUGUCCUUGGCAUCCUCUACAGCUGAUUGCCUGGUUGUUUUUGUGUUUCUUCGCUGUAACUUACUUUGGAAUUGUUGUUUCUUAUCUUCCUCGAGAAUGGAGACCAGCUGCCUAUAUUAUUCCUGGUGGCCUUUAUGUCAUUCAUAUAACAGUUCAUCUAUUAGCCUUGUCCAUUGACCCUGCAGAUCCUCACAUACGUGCUGGAAAAAGCAGGGAUAAGAAUGCCUUUGACCGCAAUCUUCAUGCUCAUGUUAUAGAAAAUAAUCAUUGCCAUAUAUGUGAAGCAGAUGUGUUUCCUAAAAGUAAACACUGCUCGGCAUGUAAUAAGUGUGUWUCAGACUUUGACCAUCAUUGUAAAUGGUUAAACACAUGUGUUGGAGGAAGAAACUAUAAGCUCUUUGUUGGAUGUCUUGCUACUGCAUUUGUUGGUUCACUGUUGAUGUUUUCAGUCACUCUCUAUUUAUUUAUUACUUAUUUUACUGACAACAAUGCAUUGUUGUUAACUCAAACUGGAGGCCAGUUUAAAUUAUUUGGACCAGUACCAGAUACUGUAUUUGUAGUAUUUGUUGGGGCUGUUGAGGGCCUGCAUAUAACUGCUAUUGGACUUUUAGGUCAUCUAUUAGGAUUUCAUAUUUAUCUAAUGUACAUGAAUAUGAGCACCUAUGAAUUUAUCGUUAAUUCAAGAGAAAGAAAGCAACAAGUAAAUGAUGUUGAAGCUCAACGAUCCUGUGAAGGAACACCAAUCAGUCUUAAACGCUUUAGGAACAAAGUCAGGCCUACUCCAGAGGGAAUGGAAAAUGGUGAAUUGAGUGUUGAGAGAGCACAACCAGAACAUUCUUCUUCCUCUGAAGAACCUCCAUGCGAGAACACAGUUAAAGUUAUGAAUGAAGUAAGCUCAAAGGUUGCGAAACGUAAUUCGUCUUUGGAAUCACAUCAAAAUGACGGGGAAAGUACUGCAGUAUUUGAAAAUGCAGCUAAAGAACACAAUGACACCAUUCCCGAGUCUGUGUUGUCUUCAUCUGCAGAAUCUCUACGUGAAAUUGAAAAUCCUCAAAUAAAUAUCCAAAAUUCGUCGGACAUCGCUCGACCUUCUACAUCUGAUCAAACACAGUAUGUAAGGACCUCACCCCGAGGCAAAUUUGAUGACGCAGGAGUGUCAAAACCCUGCAUCAUUGUAUCACACAGUGAUAAAGAUAACAAAGAGGAGCUUUCAAGAAAACAGCUUAGUGAUAGUGAAGGCGAGGAACUAAUGCCUGUCAAUAUCACAGCUCCUUCACAUGAACCAGCAAAAGAAGAAAUAAAUAACAUGGACGAAGAAAAUGAUAUUUCAAAAAAGGUUUCCAAAAAGGGAAAGAAAAAGGGAAAGAAGCUACGAUCACCUAGUGUGCAGGGAAAAGGACUAAUGGAAGUGAACAGUCAAACGAGAACUAGAAUAUCAGAAGUGAAUGAACUUCCUCCUUUGGUCCCGAAAGGACGUAGACCAUUGCCGUCUUUAGAUUCAUAUAACAAUGAAACUUCUCCUUGUUAAAACAGUUGUGUGGGUAUCUAAUGCAAGUAUCCUCGAACCUUAAAAUGAAGAAAAAGAAAAGAAAUUGGUGACAACGUUGGUGAAAGCUACGGGCAUUCCGUAAUUAGGCCCGAGGUAACGAAGACUAUUGCCGUCUGCGUUUCAUAUAAUAAUGAAGCUUCUCUUACUGAAGAAAACAUUUCUAGUUCUGUGUGGAUAUCUAAUGAAAGCCAGUAUUAUCCUCGAACCUCAAAAGAAACAAUUAAAAUUCGUGCAUCGUUGGUUACACUGACUGAAGAAAAUAUCUCUAGUUCUGCUUGGAUAUUUAAAGUAUUUAUCCUCGACUCUCAAAAAAAUUUAAAUUGGUGCGGCGUUGGUGACAUCAUAGUUAAUAGAUUAUCAACUAUGGCGAUAUAUACUGAAGAACACAUUUUUAGUUAUGAGUUGGAGAUGCUGAGUGGAUAUCUAAAGCCAGUAUCCUCGAACCUCUAAAGAAAAUAAUGAAAUUAGUGCUGCCUUGGUGACAUAUAAAUCUUGGAUGUAGGACGAAUACUUGACAGCCUCACAUGCAGCUUUUACAUGUGCAAUUUGGAUUUGGAAUGCAAAAUGAGCUGUAUCCCAUAGUGCCUAUAGAUAACAUAACAAAUCAACCAUUCUAAGGGUUCAAUAAACUUCUCGAGAGCGGAUUUGUCAAAAACGCACAAAAAUGGCCGCCAUUUCCGUCUGUGCUCGCAGUUUCGUAGUGAUCAGCUAGUUUAACGGAAUGGUUGAGUUUGUUGACAACUCGUAUGAAAGCACUUCUAGAGAAGCUUUUCUAUUGGUUCGUGAAAAGGAAGACCAGAAUUUCAUGAGACCAACAAAUUUGUAUCCAUGCAUGUAUGUAAAUAGUAAAAAUCCAAAGCACUGAUAUUUAUUUUGCUAAAGCAAAAUUAACCGCUGAUGACCAAGUCAUUUGAAGAUUAUUUGAAUGUUUGUAUUCGAACCAGAAACUGGAGACUACUUUCAUUUUGUAUUUAUUAAUAAACACUUCUCUAAACUUUAAGCCUUGGAAUAAAUUUUUCACAGCUUUAAGUUGAAGCUGGUAUA